AUGGUACCGUACCGCUGGCAUGUCUUCGAGCACCUGUUGCCUGGGACAUCGAGCUGUGAGCCACGCGCUCAGGAGAUCUGCAAGCCGAUCGUGUGGAAUGUGUCGGUGGGCAACCACCCGGGCCGAUGUGCAUCCCGAGUGACGGUCCUGGCACGUCUGCCUUCCCCAACUGCUACUACUGGAACGGAGUCUUGCUCCCUUCCGGAUAUUUGGCUCGAAGCUGCGUCCUAUCUCGGGUCGUCCUCAGGCUAUGGAAGAACAUGCCGAUAUCGACGCCGAUCCCGAUACCUCUGGGUUUUCCGCGGCGUUUGAGAUCGAAGGCCAUCUGCCGCCGCUGCGCAGCGGCGCAUGUAGGUAAGAACGAGAAAGAGCCACCGGCGAUUUGAUGAGCGGUAUAGGAGCGUUAGCGGAGGGUUCGGGAACCGGCGUCGAUGUUGACGGACGGCGUCGUCCGUCCUGCAUGGCAGCGUACGUUUACCGAGUCUCCGUGCGAAACGCAAGUGCUACUGCUACGUGGACGUAGCACCGGCCUCGAGCCUCCUCAAGUACGGCAACUUGCGCUCGCAUGAAGAACCCUCGCUUGGCACACCGCCACGAGAUCUACACACCGUCGUCCCAACACCGCAUGCCAUUGAUUCGGCAUACUCAAAUUUCAUGAUGCGCUUCUCUCUCUCCCUCACCUCCGUCCUCGCCAUGACCGCAGCGGUGCUCGCCGCCGACCCGCUCGUCGUCAACACCCCUGUGGAGACACCAUUGGCACGUGGACUGGGGGCACUCCCCCCUUCACCUUGGCGUGAGUCCCCUCCCAUUGCCCCCGUUUUUGCGCCCGCCCCGUCUGAUAGCGUCCCUGCGUACAGCAUGAACCACGACAACGGCUUCAAGGAAGGCCUGGUGCCCGGCCCGGGCGACCACGCGGGCACCUGGCACACGAACCUGCCCGCGGGCACGACCGUGUUCUUCUCGGUGACGGACGGCGCGGGCGUGUUUGGCCGGUCUGCGGACUUUGUCGUCCAGCCGAGCGCGGACAGCUCCUGCCUGUGA